AUGAGUAAAACGAAGGAAACAGCUCGCGUUGUAAUCAUUGGCGCAGGAGCUUCUGGCAUUGCCGCAGGCACACGACUCCUAGAACAAGGAUUUCGCAAUGUUUUAUUACUCGAGGCAGAGGAUCGUAUUGGUGGUCGCAUUUGUAGCAUACCAUUUGCUGAUAGUCUUAUGGAUUUGGGUGCUCAGUGGUGUCACGGUGAAAAAGGCAAUGUGGUCUAUGAAUUUGUUAAGGAUCUCAAUUUCCUAGAAAGAACAGGUGAUUAUUACAAAAAUGUGCAAUUUGUGCGUUCCAAUAAGGACAAAAUUGUUGCUGAACAGAGCAAAAUAUUCAUUGAGAUUGCUGAAAACUCCAUACCCAACAAAAAUGUUGAAUUCUAUGGCACGGAGGGUGAUUAUGUCAAACAAAAAUAUUGGCAGGAAAUUAAUGAGCAAAAACCAUCAAUUGAUAAUACUCUGGCUACAGAGUUUUUAGAAUCCUUUCUGAAAUAUGAAUGCUCUGUCGAUGGCUGUGAUAAUUUGUUUGAGGUCUCGAAUCGUAAUCAUAAAGAAUUCAUAGAAAGUGAUGGUGACAAUUUGCUCCAUUGGCGUGACAAGGGCUAUAGAACAUUUCUCAGACUUCUUAUGGAUGGCAAGGAGAAUCAACCAAAUGAUCUGGGCAAGCUAAAUGGAAGAGUUUUAUUUAAUAGACGCAUAGCUGAAAUAAAGUGGUCUCAAUGUAAUGAGCUAAUUUUACGCUGUUGGAAUGGGGAGAUUAUUCAAGCAGAUCAUAUCAUUUGCACAGUCUCACUGGGUGUCCUUAAGGAACAGCAUUCGCAGCUCUUUGUACCUCCAUUGCCAAGAAGCAAAGUGCGCGCCAUUGAAGGUCUUAAACUGGGGACUGUGGAUAAAUUUGUUAUGGAAUUUCAGGUUCAACCAUUACCCGCAGAUUGUGUGGGUUUCAAUUUUCUAUGGUUACAGAAAGACUUGCAGGAAAUACGUUCAACGGAAUGGUUUUGGUUGGAAAGUGUUGGCUCGUUUCAUCGUGUCUCCCAUCAGCCGCGCUUACUAGAAGGAUGGAUAACCGGACAACAUGCGCGACAUAUGGAAACACUUACUGAGGAGAAGGUAUUGGAGGGUCUACUUUGGUUAUUUGGAAAAUUUCUUUGCUUCAAUAUACCGGAACCGAAACGUUUCAUACGCACUCAAUGGCAUGCCAAUCCCAAUUUCCGUGGCAGCUAUAGCUUCCGAACAACCUUGGCUGAUGAUCUAAAUAUUGGGCCAUGGGAUCUGGAGGCACCCAUAAUGGAUUCAUUAAACAAAUAUCCCAAAUUGCAAUUUGCCGGUGAGGCCUCAAGUAAAACACAUUUCGGCACUGUCAAUGGAGCCACCGAAACGGGUUGGCGUGAAGCCGAUCGCUUAAGCCAAUGCUAUACAACUACUUAAUGACUGGCUACUAAUUUCAUACUCAAAUCAAAGUUAAACGAAGCGAGUACUGAGGCAAAAAUAUUCGUAAUAAAAGAAAGCGAGCUGUUAUCUAAAAGCAAUUUAAUAAAUGAAUUCACCCUUAUGAUUUGAAG